GCGACGGCAGGAGGAGGAUGGCCGGGGGCGCUGGCGCCGGUGCGGACGGCGGUGCUGGUGGCGGCGGCGGGGGCGACGGCCGCGGUCCCAGCGGCGGCAGCAGCAGCAGCAGCAGCAGCGGCGGGAGGAGCCUCCGGGAAAUGGAUGAAAAGAGGCUUCUGGAUCCAGGGUUGAAAGUUCGUAAAGGCCUCUGGGAUUAUACUCUGAAGAACCAGCAGCUGGAAUGCCUGAGUGACUGAAGAAAAUGGGUGCUAAUGCAUCUAACUAUCCUCAUUCAUGUUCCCCGAGGGUAGGGGGAAGUUCUCAAGCCCAACAGACUUUUAUAGGGACAUCAUCCUAUUCUCAGCAAGGCUAUGGUUGUGAAUCAAAAUUAUAUAGCCUUGACCAUGGCCAUGAGAAACCACAAGACAAAAAAAAGAGAACCUCUGGCCUUGCCACCCUCAAGAAGAAGUUUAUCAAGCGUCGAAAAUCUAAUAGGUCGGCUGAUCAUGCCAAGCAGAUGCGAGAACUCCUCUCUGGGUGGGAUGUUCGCGAUGUCAAUGCAUUAGUGGAGGAAUAUGAGGGAACUUCAGCCUUAAAGGAGCUUUCUCUACAAGCCAGUUUGGCUAGACCAGAAGCCCGGACAUUGCAGAAAGAUAUGGCAGAUCUUUAUGAGUACAAGUAUUGUACUGAUGUAGACUUAAUAUUUCAAGAAACUUGUUUUCCUGUUCAUCGUGCCAUUUUGGCAGCAAGGUGUCCAUUUUUUAAAACACUACUUUCUUCCUCACCCGAAUAUGGGGCAGAGAUCAUAAUGGACAUCAAUACAGCUGGUAUAGAUAUGCCCAUGUUUUCUGCGCUAUUACACUACCUUUAUACAGGAGAAUUUGGAAUGGAGGACUCAAGGUUUCAAAAUGUUGAUAUCCUCGUUCAGCUUAGUGAAGAGUUUGGAACACCAAAUUCCCUUGAUGUAGAUAUGCGUGGACUCUUUGAUUACAUGUGUUAUUAUGAUGUCGUCCUUAGUUUUUCUUCAGACUCUGAACUGGUUGAAGCUUUUGGUGGAAAUCAGAACUGUUUAGAUGAAGAGCUCAAAGCUCACAAGGCUAUUAUUUCAGCACGGUCCCCAUUUUUUCGAAAUUUAUUACAGAGGAGGAUACGGACUGGUGAAGAAAUCACAGACCGAACUUUGAGGACUCCCACAAGAAUUAUAUUAGAUGAGUCCAUUAUACCAAAAAAAUAUGCGAAAGUUAUAUUACACUGUAUGUAUACCGACAUGGUGGACCUCUCCGUUCUGCACUGUAGCCCCUCUGUGGGGAGUCUCAGUGAAGUUCAGGCUCUCGUCGCAGGGAAGCCAAACAUGACCAGGGCAGAAGAAGCCAUGGAACUUUACCACAUAGCACUGUUCUUGGAAUUUAACAUGCUUGCACAAGGCUGUGAGGAUAUCAUUGCUGAAAGCAUCUCAUUAGAUACCUUAAUUGCCAUCCUCAAGUGGAGCUCUCAUCCCUAUGGCUCUAACUGGGUGCACCGACAAGCUUUACAUUUCCUCUGUGAGGAGUUUUCCCAGGUCAUGACUUCGGAUGUUUUUUAUGAACUCAGCAAAGACCAUCUGCUUACUGCUAUCCAGUCUGACUACCUACAGGCAAGUGAACAAGAUAUCCUUAAGUAUCUGAUUAAAUGGGGUGAGCAUCAAUUAAUGAAGAGAAUAGCAGACAGAGAACCAAACUUAUUGAGUGGCACUGCUCAUAGUGUGAACAAGAGAGGUGUAAAAAGACGAGACCUGGACAUCGAAGAGCUUAGAGAGAUCCUUUCUUCUCUCUUACCUUUUGUGCGAAUUGAACACAUUUUACCUAUAAACAGUGAAGUCCUAAGUGAUGCAAUGAAAAGAGGCUUGAUUAGUACUCCUCCAUCAGAUAUGCUUCCUACAACAGAAGGUGGAAAGUCAAAUGCCUGGUUACGGCAAAAAAAUGCUGGAAUAUAUGUUCGUCCUCGACUGUUCUCUCCCUACGUAGAAGAAGCAAAGUCAGUGCUAGACGAGAUGAUGGUGGAACAAACAGAUCUUGUGCGUUUGCGAAUGGUUAGAAUGUCCAAUGUGCCAGACACACUUUACAUGGUCAAUAACGCUGUGCCACAGUGCUGUCACAUGAUCAGCCACCAGCAGAUCAGCAGUAACCAGUCAAGCCCUCCUUCAGUUGUAGCCAAUGAAAUCCCAGUUCCUCGUCUCCUCAUUAUGAAAGACAUGGUCAGACGCCUGCAGGAGCUGCGACACACUGAGCAGGUGCAGAGGGCCUACGCCCUUAACUGUGGGGAAGGCGCCACGGUCAGCUAUGAGAUUCAGAUUCGAGUGUUGAGGGAGUUCGGGCUUGCGGACGCGGCUGCGGAGCUCCUGCAGAAUCCUCACAAGUUCUUUCCUGAUGAACGUUUUGGGGAUGAAAGUCCACUCUUGACAAUGAGACAGUCUGGGAGAUGUCGCGUUAACAGUACCCCCGCUGCAGAAACCAUGUUUACAGAUCUGGACUCUUUUGUGGCCUUCCAUCCACCCUUGCCCCCUCCACCACCUCCAUACCACCCCCCAGCUACCCCAAUCCAUAACCAACUCAGAGCAGGCUGGAAACAAAGACCUCCCAGUCAACAUCCUUCACGUUCAUUUUCUUAUCCCUGUAAUCAUUCACUGUUUCACUCCAAAACAGCUCCUAAAGCUGCCCCCCCUCCAGUCUGUUUGCCGGGUGUUAAAGCAGCCGCGCCUGACUGUACCAACACCACAGGGCUGGGGAGACAGACGGUAGCUGCUGCUGCCGCCGCCGCUGCCUCAGCAGCAGUAGCAUCUGAGAAACAAGUGUGUACACAACCUGUACUAAAUGAUCUAAUGCCAGAUAUCGCCAUGGGUGUGUCCACACUGUCACUCAAGGACAGGAGGCUUCCGGAACUUGCCGUAGACACAGAAUUAAGCCAGUCAGUUUCUGAAGUAGGACCAGGGCCUCCCCAGCAUCUAUCGUGUAUUCCACAGAGGCACACACACACGUCUCGAAAGAAACACACACUGGAGCAAAAAACAGAUGCUCGAGAAAAUCAGCAGGAAUAUCCAGAUUUCUAUGACUUCUCAAAUGCUGCUUGCAGACCGUCUACUCCUGCUCCUGGCAGACGCACCCCUUCCCCUUCUCAAGGUGGAUAUUUUGGUCCCGAUUUGUAUAGCCACAGUAAGGCAUCACCAAGUGGCUUAAAGUCAGCCUACCUACCUGGCCAGAUCUCCCCUAAAAAGCAGGAAGAAGCUAGGAGAGAAUAUCCACUUUCCCCUGACGGGCAUCUACACAGACAUAAGAAUGAGCCGAUACACCUCGAUGUUGUUGAGCAGCCUCCCCAGCGGUCAGACUUUCCUUUGGCAGCCCCGGAAAAUGCCGGCAGUGGUCCAGCCCAUGUCAGGGGGCGAACAGCAGUGGAAACUGACUUGACUUUUGGGCUGACUCCUAACAGACCCUCGCAUUCUGCAUGUAGCUCUGAAGCUCCAGAAGAGAGAUCUGGUAGAAGACUGGCAGACAGCGAGUCCCUGGGCCAUGGAGCUCAGCGAAAUACAGAUUUGGAAAGGGAAGAUUCAAUCAGCAGAGGAAGGAGGUCACCGAGCAAGCCAGACUUCCUCUACAAAAAGUCUGCCCUUUGAGAGCAACCUCCAAGUCGUCUGUGCCUGAGAUGUGAAACAUCCCGUUUUAUGAUGUAACCUAACAACUUAGAGACCAGUUUAUUGAUGCCAGCUGAUAACUCAGUUUCACAUUAUUUUAUUCUAGUUUUUGUAUAUACAUGUUUAUUAGACAUGGCAUGCUAAGAGGGUUAUUUUGAAUGCUGCAUCUGUCUAUUUUGUGUUCAAACAGUUAUGUGGGGAAGCUUUUCUAAGAGCAAGCAAGCUGGCACUUUUUUUUUUCUCUCUCUCUCUACAAAUGAUGGAAUUUUUUUGCACUUGUACUUUUGUUUUAUCUGUAUUGGUUUUAUAUCAGUAUGUUAAACUUUAUUGCCGCAUUUAAAGGACUGUAUUUUCAUACUUUUUUGCAUUUUACCUUUCAUCUACCAGUUUCCACGUGCAUUGGAUUGCACACUAAGAUGUAUUUUCCUAUGAAAUAGUUCUGUGUUUAUUUUUUAAUUAUAGAAAUUCCAAAGAACAGCACAUCAAAAUGCUCCUCUCUUUUCAGUAAUUGUUUUAGUUCAGAAAUCUUCCUGCUCAAUCUUCAUAAAUCUAAUGUCAUACUUUUUAAAUAAGUCUUGGGAGCUGGUCUUCAUUCCUCCAGCAGGAGUACAAUCAGGAUCCUGAAGUUUCCUGGUUCAGUGAAGAACAAGAAGGAGAAAAGCCUUUUGUGUCCAGGCUAAAGCUGUUGCUUUAUUCACCGUGCGGAUGCUGUUAGAGUCACUGCAAAUUCUGGUAAGAUGGAUUAGAGUUUGACUAGAUGAGGUUCUAAAGAGAUCGGCUUUCUUGGAAUCCUGAAGCAGUGGAAUUAGUGAAGUAACUUAAGCUUGUGCUACGGGAUCGCUGGUUCUGAGCGGCAACUCUCCAGCUGAGGGGGAGUGACUGCUUGCUGCCUUCAGUUGUCUUGCUCUCUGUGGGAAAAAAAACAAAACAAAAGGGCUUCAGUCUUAUGGAUGUCAUUUGGUGUUUGUAAGCAUAUGUUUUAAGUGUUUUUCAAAGUGUGUCUGAAUUUUGGUGUCCUUUAAAAAGUUGUUGUAAAAUGCAUAAUGCUUUGUCAGCAAAAGAGAAAAAGAAACUUUUUUUUUUCAGUGAAACACUACAUACAUGUCCUACUUGAACUCCACUGGGGACGCUGGUUUGGGAUUUUACUGAACCACUGAGCACAUGGGAUCUUUUAAGAUCCUCUCCCUUAGAAGGGCAAUGUGUGAGCUAAGGACUGUUUUUUUCUUACUAUCCAAUGUAAAUAUAUUAGUAUUUGAGUUUUUAAAUCACUUCAACAUUAUUUGAGCAUUCACUUGGUAUUUUUACACACGCACACACAGCCGUAGCACUUAGAAGAAAGGAGACUUUCUAAACACUCCCUCACACGGAGGGUGUUUGGGAGCCUCUUCUCUGUGUAUGUAUAUAUAUAAAAACUCUGAUCACUCACUCACUCUAAAACUAUGCAGGGCUAGGGAGCCUUUACAAGCUACCAUAUAAAUGAAUGACGUGCACUUUUAAGUAAAUAGGUUUCUAUUGGGUGUCGACAACUCUGAUUUCUCCCGAAACUGUAGUUUCUCUUACAGUCUUUCCCUACUUUACCCUGUGGAUAUACACUCAGGAAUAAUCUGACAUUUUAAAAAAUCCUGACAGUAGCUAGUCUCAAAGAUGGGAACAUAUGAGUUUAUCUGUCUACACUGGCAAACCGCUGCCACUCACUCUGCUGCCUGGCUAGUUCGCUGCUGCCCGUGUGUCCCGCGACGUCGGCCAAGCUGCACGCCAAGCUCCAGAUCUCCCAGAGUCAACACCAGGCUGCUGUGAGGUCGGCUGCGCAUCAUUGCCUUUGAGGCUCCUUUUUUUAAAGAUGAAAAACAUUAGGACUCUGUUCUCGUUUUUAGAAGGUUUGACUCUUUGUAAUAGAUGACGGUGUCUUUUGAAGCCCAUCUCGGUCUGUCUCUCCUCAGAGACAAAAAGUGUUCAUUCCAUCAGAUCGCUUAAAUGUGUAUUUAUACACAUGUGUUGACAUGAAUUAUUUUGAUACAGUUUUAAAUUUCUCUUCUGAAUUCAGACUGUGCUGUGCUGGUACUGCAAAUGAGAGUGAGUAGACAUGGUGGGGGAAAUCUUUCUCAUCUCCGACCUGUUGUUUUUAAAACACUAGAAAAGAGCUAUUGAUGCCACACAAGCAUUUUUCUGAAAAUUUGUUGAAUAUUCUUUCAUGUCCCUAAAAUAUAAUUAUAAAAAAAGUGGCCACUGUUCAAAGUUUUAUUUAAUUUAUGAAGUUUGCUUUUAAUAAUUUAGUAGCAUACCUGGCUAAACUCUUGUGUAUAGAGAGAAAUGUGCUGUGGGAUUGUGGACUGCUGUGACCUGCAGAAGGUAAACACGUGGUUUUUGUGUUAGGGUUGGUGUUAGUGGACUUUUAAUGUAUCUUGUGAGGUAUGAUCAUAGGGUAGGUUGAAUAGCUGUGUGCCUCUGGCUUUUGAACCCAUCUAUUCAGUCUUUUAAUGCUUACUAAGCAUUGAAGUCUUAGGGCUGUACUAAGAUAAAUGUGAAGUCUGAGUGAGAUUGCUCUCAGAAA